AUGGAAAAUAAUGGAGAGGAAAUUGUCAACGAACAGGUUUUGAGUGAUUUUCGAAAUCAAUGGCGACAAGAGCUUAAUCAAGGAGUUCAAGCAGGAAGUUCUCAAGAAGAAGAUAACAGUAACGAAGCAAAAACUUACUUUUUGCAAGGUGUCGAUUUAGAACGGAAAGGAAAAUGUUUCGAUGCAAUAAGGCUUUACAGAAGAGCAAUUCAACUCGAUCCUGACAUUGAAUAUAAAAUCUACAGUCAAAGUUCUCAACAAAAGCAAAAAAAUGAAAAGGCAAACAGCAAUACAGUUCAGACAAUUAAAAAUGAUGAAAAUACUGAAACUAUUGAGAAUCUUGCUGAAGUUUUUCAAAGAGAUUUAUCUCUUAAUAACGUUGCAAUAUGUGAGUCAAAUUUUGGUCCCGGAGUGAUUUCAACAAAUCUUCACAUUUCGUGUUUGCCUGUUGAAGUCUUUCUAGUAAUCCUCAAGUGGUUAGUUUCCAAUGACUUAGACAUCAAAAGUUUGGAAAGGUUUGGAAGAGUCUGUAAAGGAUUUUAUCUUCUCUCUCGUGAUCAAGAAAUUUGGAAACUUGCAUGCACGAAAGUGUGGGGAUCAAACAUCUCACCAUCAUCAACUUGGCGUGAAAUGUUUAUGACUCGGUCUCGGGUCAACUUCAAUGGCUGCUAUAUUAGUAAGAUUAAUUAUCAAAGAUAUGGAGAGAAUUCAUUUCAAGAUCAAUUUUAUCGACCUCUUCAAAUAGUUGAAUAUUUCCGCUUGAUACGUUUCCUACCUAAUGGAUCAUUACUCAUGAUGACAUCAGCAGACGAUCUACAAAUGAGUGUUAAUCGAUUGAAAAAUAUUUCAAACGCAUUGCAAUCUCGGGAAAUUAUGAAAGGACAAUAUCACUAUCAAGAUUCAACCGUCGUCAUUGUCAUUAAAAAACAACAAACAUCUCACCAGAAAUUCAAAAGAAAAACUAUCGCAGUUGACGACAAUUUGACAUUUUUCCUUGAACUUGACAUCCACAACACUGUCAAGAAGAAGUUUUCGAAGCUGACCUGGAAACAUUAUGAAAUUAUCCAUUGCCGUAAUGGAGAAGAAUUAAAUUCAGAAUUUGACCUUCGCUCCAGUACAAAGUACCCGCCGUUUUAUUUUUCACAAAAAAUAAUUUGA